ACGCGCGGCUCGUGCACGCUGCUGGCUGCUCUUCAGUUGUAGUGUAGUGUAGUGUGGUGUGGUGUAGUGUAGACAUGGCGGCGGAUCUAAACCCUGACUGGCUCUCUUGCUUACCUUCUUCUUGGAGUUACGGGGUGAUCCGGGACGGAAGAGUAUUCUUCAUCAAUGAAGAAGCAAAGAGCACGACUUGGCUUCAUCCUGUCACUGGUGAAGCGGUGAUUACUGGGCACAGGAAAACUCCAGAUUUACCAACCGGAUGGGAGGAAGGAUAUACGUUCGAGGGAGCACGCUGCUUCAUCAAUCACAAUGAGCGGAAAGUGACCUGCAAACAUCCGGUCUCUGGUGCACCAUCACAAGACAACUGCAUCUUUGUUGUCAACGAACAACCAACAGUGAAAACACCGGUCACUGAGAAGAAGGAACGACCCACGAGCAUCAUGAGUGAGGCAUCCAACUACACAGGAGGCUCAGACUACGUGACACACCCAAGCAGUCCAGCAACUAGACAAUCAAGGCCAUCUAAAAAAGUCCACAAUUUUGGCAAGCGGUCACACUCCAUAAAGAGAAACCCAAAUGCUCCAGUGGUGAAACGCAGCUGGCUUUAUAAACAGGACAGCACAGGGAUGAAGAUGUGGAAGAAGAGGUGGUUCGUGUUGUCAGACAUGUGCCUCUUCUACUAUAAAGAUGAGAAAGAAGAAGGAAUCCUUGGGAGCAUCCUUUUACCGAGCUUCCAUAUCUCUCUGUUAUCUGUGGAUGACCACAUAAGCAAGAAAUACGCCUUCAAGGCCACACACCCAAACAUGCGGACGUACUACUUUUGCACUGACACAGCCAAAGAAAUGGAGUCUUGGAUAAAAGUGAUGACUGACGCUACACUGGUCCACACUGAGCCAAUCAAAAGACUGGAAAACAUAAAGGUAGACCAAUGCAGCCCCCUGGAGAUGAACAAUAUGUUAAAUCACUGGGUUCUGACUCAACCCGAGAUCCAAAAUAACGAGAGAAACUGCGAGAGUCUUCAGCUUGAGGACAAAAAGCAGAAACAUCUGGAGAAACAGCCCAGAAUCCACAGAGAGAAGGAAAAAUGUGUCGUUCAGAAAGACUCCGAAAAGUACCAAGUUCAAAAAGAUGGUGAAAAAUAUGCUCUAGAGAAAGAUGGACAGAAGUGUCCUCUUCAGAAGAGUGGAUAUAGAUACAUGCUACAGAAAGAUUUGGAAACAGUUGGUGUACAUAAAGAUGGAGAAAAGUACGCCUCUACUCUGCAGAAGGAUGGUAAACGGCAUGCCCUCCAGAGAGAUGAAGAAAUAGAUCUGCUGCAGAAAGAAAUGCAAAGACACACUCUGCACAAAGACAGUGACAAGCAUGUGCUUCCAAAGGACAACAAAAUACAUGGUGUGCACAAAGACGGUGAGAAAUAUCUCCAUAAAGAUGGAGGACGACCUACACAGAAGGCCGCUGUGCAGAAGGAAGCUGAGAGGUCCAGGCUUCAGCGAGAAGAGGAGAAGUACAGCACGCAGAAGGAUGAGAGCGUGGAACAGACACUCACUAAACAUGACACCGUCAAGCUUCAGCCUGUGCAGGCAGCCAGCGUCGUCCCGGCUGCGUCUUCCUCGUGGCAGCUGCAGAGUAGAGGAGCCUCGGCUCAGUAUAAAGCUACGCAAGUGAAUGGCUCUGGAGGAGAGCAGAGCCCAGGAGAAAUGAAAAACACCAUUCCACACAGGACAGCAGUAAAGCCCCAGCAGCUUGCAGAGCCAGAGAGGAGCUUAAGCAGGUCGAAUUCCAUUCAGCUAGAGCAGUAUUUUAGGACACACCGCACCAGGGUCCAGGAUGACGACAAUAAGAGCAUCACUUCAUAUCAGACUCUGCCCAGGAACAUGCCUAGCCAUCGGACGCACGUGGUGCCACGCUAUCCCGAGGGCUACCGCACGCUUCCACGCAACAUGCUGCGGCCGGACAGCAUCUGUAGUGUGGCAGGCUCGGUGUACGACUGUGCGCUGCAGCCCAUGACCGCAGAGAAGAGGCGCUCUAUGCGAGAUGACACCUUGUGGCAGCUGUAUGAGUGGCAGCAGAGGCAGGCCUACAGCCGUAUGGGCUACAGCACAAUGCCCAGCCCCAAGACUCUGAGCCAUAUUGCCGAGUCCAUCCCCUCAUCGCCCUCACAUGGCUCCUUGGCUGUGUACCACUCUGUCUCCCCCAACCGGCCCUACGAUCCCAGCACAUGCUCUGAAGUUUCCUCACCUGUGUUCCGUGGAGAUGUCAGCAUUGACCGGCGUCACAGAGCACACCUUGCAAAGUAUGCAUACCCACCUGAUUGCAGGGUCCCAGCAGCUCAGAGCAUCACGCCGCAGUCCCUGCAGGGUAAAACGCCAGAAGAGCUGACCCUGCUGCUUAUCAAGCUGCGACGGCAGCAGGCUGAGCUCAACAGCAUCCGAGAACAGACUCUCGCUCAGCUAAUGCAGUUAAACGUUGACGCCGCCAACCCGAAGAAUAAGGUGCUUUCUCAUCACCUGCAGAGGAAUCUCUUGUAUCUGGACAGCCAGAUGAAGCAGAAUGAGCCUAUAAUCUUCAUGAUUCACACUAUGAUUGAGAGCUCAGCACCGAGGCCUCAACUAUACCAGCAAAUGAGCCCUGAGGCGUACAGUGACAGCGUUUAUGGCUACAGACCUGAAGAACUGGACGUUGAUGCUAAGUUAAGCAGAUUGUGUGAACAAGGCAAAGUGGUACGGACACAAGAGGAGAAGCUUCAGCAACUUCACAGAGAGAAGCACACCCUGGAAACAGCACUUUUAUCAGCGAGUCAGGAGCUCGAGAUGAGCGCAGAUAACCCAGCGGCUGUGCAGAGCCUCAUACAGCAGAGGGAUGUACUGCAGAGUGGCCUUCUGAGCUCCUGUAGAGAACUGUCCCGGGUCAGCGCUGAGCUGGAUAGAAGUUGGAAAGAGUACGAUAAUCUGGAGGCUGACGUGACUUUGGCUAAGAGGAACCUGCUGGAUCAGUUGGAGGCUCUCGGCAGUCCACAGACCGAACCCCCAAGUCAGCAGCACGUGCAGAUUCAAAAGGAGCUAUGGAGGAUUCAGGACGUAAUGGAUGCACUGAACAAAAAUAAGCCAAAGAGAAGCGCUGAGCCAAGCUUUCCAUCCUCUGGCCUUCAAAAAAAGGAGGAGUCUGAUUCAGUGCCCCCACGUCCUCCACUUCCCCAUGUUUAUGAGGGCAGAGGGCGCCUGUGCGUGCCCCACCUGCCCGGCCCCAGCCACACUCAGCUCCACCCACCUCGCACAGGCCCUCACCAGCCUGAAGACCGCAAAGCUGCCCAGCGCAAUGGCAGUCACAGCGGUCCAGACUACAGGCUGUAUAAGAGUGAGCCGGAGCUGACGACAGUGGCUGAAGUUGAUGAGAGCAAUGGAGAGGAGAAAUCUGAACAGUCUGCUGAGAAAGAGUCCUCGAAUACUAAAGUGUCCUAUCCUGUGGGAGUAGUGAGCCCAAGGACAAAGUCUCCGAUGCCAGUGUCCUCCACUAUUGCUUCUUAUGUGACUCUGAGGAAGGCCAAGAAACCUGAAGCAAAAUCAAACCGUCCAAACAGUACAGUGGAGCACGUCAGCAGUAGUGUCGAGGGAGUCCGUCAGCGCAUGAGUGUGGAGGAGCAGAUGGAGCGGAUUCGGAGGCACCAGCAGGGCGCGCUGCGAGAGAGAAGGAGGGAAGAUGGUUCUCUGUCCCGCAGUCUUUCCUUCACCAAAGACACCCCCUAUUACUACACCCUGCAGAUGAGCACAAAAAGAAGGGAGGCUGGAUCAGCUGGAGACUCGUACCAGAUCAGAGCCACAACAUUCAAAGAAAACUGCAAAGCAGUGGAGCAGGAGCAGGGGAAAGUGAUGUCAGGGUCUGAGUUUGGUGAAAAGGUCUUUGAAGCCAGCAGAAGCCCAGAGCACCACAAACCCCUGGGCACUCAGGACAGUCUCCAGACUGCAGUGAUGGUGCGAGUGGACACAGAGGAAAAUGACGAUGAAAAUCUCUCUGAACAAAGUCAAGAUCAGAUCAAAGACUCAUACAAUCUGACCUCCUCCAAACACAGCACGACGAUUUCAGUGAACAGCCUUUCCAGUUCGCCUCAGUCUCCAAGCUCCUCUCCUCUUCCUUCCUCCCCUCCUCACCUCCCUGACGGUUCCCACUUCAUGUGUGUGUAGUGGAGAAAAAAACCAGCGUUGCCAUCAUCAUUCCUAAACACUGACGCGCGACGGAGGGUCCUACAAGAGAGAACCAAAUCCGCAGCCUUGUAGAGAGCGAGAGGCUGCAAACCCAACCCAGUCGUAGCUCAUGCCAUUGCUCUAUUUACCAACUGCCACAGAAGAAUUAGACAAACAGGUUACCUUAGAGUUAUUAAUGUUAUUAUUAUUUAUAAUAUUGUUCUUAUGUUCAUGUUUCAUUGUGUUUAUGACGAUUGCGAGUUUUAUUCCAUGUUCUAGUAGGCAUUUUGUAUAAAAGGAUCUGAGCAGUGCUGUGAGGAGGCUCUACUGAUUUACAGGUUUAUUAUUAAGAGCAGCCACGGUCUCUUUAGUGGGUGGGAAGUGGGUUAGAGCUGCACACACAUGCACACAUGGUACUUCAAACACCCAGAACUUAUGCACAGAAUCUGCUUAAUUCGUUAUUUAAAAACUCUGACUCUUUUACCGUUGUUAAACACUCCGGUUUUAGUAUUCAUAUCUUUUGCACUGUAUAACGCCUCACUGAUAUUUUUUUUUUAAAGUAGUAACGUGUGGAUAUCAAAUUAUCUGUACAGAACACAUACAGCGUGAAAGAUGUGUUCAUUAAAGCACUGCUAUAUCACUGCAGAUGAAAAUACAUUAUUUUAGCUUUGUAAAGAAACUUUAGAUAGUCUGUGAUUUCCUGCAGCACUGGUCCCCAACAGAACGUUCAUGAACAUUCAGUUUAUAUUUCUAUGGCUGAGAUAUAUUUAAACUAAAGUAUUAAAGAGAGUAUUAAAGAAGAUUUGGUUUAGUGUGGUCUCUGUCCAUGUUGGGGUCUAGAUCAAGAGAAGUAUAGCACAUGUAAAGGUAAAAAGCAAUAACCAGGGUUUUGGUGUUAACUUUAUUGUAGAAGAUGUAAAGAUCAUAUUGUAUAUAAUGUACACCAUACAAUAAAAUUAUAAAAGCUUAUCUAAGGAGUCAAUAUGCAAAUCUCAUCUGUUUUAUAUCAUGUGAAAUAAAUGUUGUUAUAAAAGGU